AUAAACCUCUAUUUGCACUAUUCUUUCUUUAUUACCUCUACUAAAUUAAAGUCGAUACUCUCUCUACAAUACUUUAGCCAUAUUUAUACCUCUUUCAACUUCUCAAACCUCUAACUUCUUGUAUUAACCCUAUCUUCCUUCUAUAGUUAUAGAUUUUGCAUAUUCUUUAAUAUAUAGUUUAUCAUUUGCCAAAUAUAUAAAAAUGUCUAGCCGUAGAUCGCGAUCAAGGCACUCAUCGGGAGCUUCUAGAAUCACCGAUGACCAAAUCAAUGAGCUCGUCUCCAACCUGCAACAGCUUCUCCCCGAGAUGCACAGACGCUCCGACAAGAGAUCAGCAGCAAGAGUGCUGCAGGAGACAUGUAACUACAUAAGAAGCCUUCACAGAGAAGUGGAUGACCUCAGUGAGAGGCUGUCUGAAUUGCUGGCCAAUUCAGACACAAAUCAGGCUGCUCUUAUCAGAAGCCUACUAAUGCAGCAGUAGUUUAUCACCAUCAUCGUUGUCGUCGUCAUUAUUAUCUUAUAUAUAUAUAUAUAUAAUAUAUAUAUCGAUCACUAUAUGUAUGUGACCCUUCUGAUCUACCAAUUUUUACCCAUUUUCAAUUUUACAUUUACCCCCCAACAACACCCUCUUUAAUGUUGUUGAAGUUUAAGUUUGAUGUCCACUCGGUAUCCUCAGCUGACUUUCAUCGAUCCAUUGUAGACGUACGAGGGUUUUAUGUAAUAAGAUGAAGUUUCGAACUAAUCCCCAAUUUUGUAGCAUUUGGUUUUCCUUUGUUGUUUGUGAUAAUGACUAUUAUUUUUUUUUAUG